AUGGCAUCGGAAGAAGAAAGCGCAAUCAAAAUGCCGACCGACGCCAAGUUGACCAUCAACGACCUGGACAGACAAAUCGAAACCCUCAUGAAAUGUCAAAUACCAACAGAGAACGAAGUAAGAAAACGGGAUUUACAGAGGCCUGUCAGAGCGCUGCCGUUAGUUACGGAAGUUUUGACAAGAAGCCUGACAUUGCACUUGACUUGCACGCAAUUUUUCCCACAAUUUUUCAGGUCAAAGUCCUAUGCUCCAAAGCGCGCGAAAUCCUGAUCCAAGAAGGGAAUGUACAGUACAUUGAUCCGCCCGUCACAAUCUGCGGCGACAUCCACGGCCAAUUUUUCGAUCUCAUGGAACUGUUCCGGGUCGGCGGAAACGUCCCCGAAACCAACUACUUGUUCAUGGGCGACUUUGUGGACAGAGGCUUCUAUUCGGUGGAGACGUUCCUAUUGCUGUUGGCAAUCAAAGUCCGAUAUCCAGACAGAAUGACCCUGAUCAGAGGGAAUCAUGAGAGCCGACAGAUCACACAGGUAGGAAUUAGCGGAAAUUUUGGGAUUUGCAGGGAAAAUUAUAUUGUAGUAGAUGAUUUUGGAAAUAAAAUUAGUUUAGUUGGUAAUAGCAAGGGUCAAGAAAGAAGAAAAAAGCAUCGGGAAGGCUUUCCUGGGACUUGGCAAAAGUAUGGGACUAUCUAAAAAUAAGAGAUUGAAAAAAAUUUUUUGGUCUCGCAUUAUUUCAUACUUCAAAAAGUGUAUCCAAAGGUCUUUAGCGGCUUUAUGGAUCCGUGUAGCAUUAUAUAUCCCCAAAAAAAGUGAGUAAAAGAUUACCCAGACCAUGUUGAUACCUACAGAGCCGCAAAGAACGCGUUGAUACCCACAAAAACUCAAAGAACAAGUGUUCACCGUAUUUUUCUGGUCGAAUUGUACGAACGUGCACUAAAUACGUGACAGAAUACUAGUUCACACACUUUUCAAAAAGUUGUUGACAUGGAUUACAAUAGAGAGCUUAAGUGUUUUGAGAUUUGAGCCGAGUCAUCAGAGAACGUUGCUGUACUUUUAAAUCGACGUGAAAGUCUAGAUUAAAGGAAGAUGGUAGGAGCCCCAAGACCCCAUCCCCGGUUCUCUGGCUACAGUGACUCAGAAAGCCUGGGAUGGGAUUGUAUGUAAACACAUUAAAGGAUUAAUAAGGGCACGUCGAACGAAGAAUGUAUCAUGAAUUUCUGCGUUGCCUGGGGAAUGAAUGAGACCUUUUCGCCGAUUGGUUAUGGGGCUGAUAACCUUUUAUCAAGGCGUUCCGGAUUUUAUGGCCCUUUUCAAAGUUGAACAUGUGGAAUUUGUUAGGGGAGAGGGGUCGAAGAGUUGAUGCAAUAGGUGAAAAACCGGAAAGAUGUCCAAAAAAGUGUAAUAUUGAAGAUUGGAAGUGAUCUGGAGGAAUAUUUUUUUAAGAGGAUUGGGUUUUUGAAAUAUCGGUCUGUCGGGAAAAAACGGCGGAUCGUCGCGCCUCGGAAUCGCCCAUCAUCGCUUUGCGACUGCAAGCCGCGGAUUGGGAUUUGGUGCGCGACAGCGGCGAGGCGAGACAUUUUGAUGCGACGAUCCGCCGUUAUUUUUCCGACAGACUGAUAAAAUUUGGACUUAUUUUAUUAGAGAAAUGCUCGAGAUGUUUAGCGCGUGUUUUACGAAGCGUGACACAAAUUUGGAAUAAGCUUUACUAAGACAUUUGUCAGACGUUUAGACCGCAUUUUGCAGAAAUUAUUGAGAUUUUUGGUCAGUGGUUGUUUGAAAUUAGUUUUGGCCACUAAAAUCUCGGUGAUUUCUGCAAAACGCGAUCUAAAAAUCUGGAAUAUGUCUUGGAAAAGAUUAAUCUAAUUUGUGCCGGGAUUCGUAAAACAUGAGCUAAACGUCUCGAACAUUUCUCUAAUAAAAGAGUCCAAAUUUUGUUUCAAAAACCCAAUCCUUUUUUAAAAAUAUUCCUCCAGAUCACUUCCAAUCUCCAAUAUUAUUCUUUUUUGGACAUUCUUCUGGGUUUUCACCUAUUAUAUCAACUCUUGGACGCUUUCCCCCUCCCAAACUUCACAUGUUCAAUUGGGAAAAGAGCCAUAAAAUCCGGAACGCCUUGAUAAAAGCUCAAGAAUUCCGUUGGAGAGGUGUUUACGGAUUGUUUCCAGGUAUAUGGAUUCUACGACGAAUGCAUGCGGAAAUACGGCUGCUCGACAGUGUGGCGAUUCUGCACCGAGGUGUUUGACUGCUUAGCGCUGGCCGCAAUCAUCGACAACCGCGUGUUCUGCGUGCACGGAGGCCUCUCCCCGUCGAUAUCGACCAUUGACGACAUUCGAGUGAUCGACCGAAAACAGGAAGUCCCACACGACGGCCCGAUGUGCGACUUGCUCUGGUCCGACCCCGAGGACGGGAACGGGUUCGGGAUGAGCCCGCGAGGCGCGGGAUUCCUGUUCGGGCCGGACGUGGUGCAGAGUUUCUGCGAGAACAACAAAAUGGAACUGAUUUGUCGAGCACAUCAACUGGUCAUGGAAGGCUACAAAUGGCACUUUAAUGAGACUGUUCUGACGGUGUGGUCCGCCCCCAAUUACUGUUAUAGGUAAGAGAGGAGAAUUUCGAAGCGAAAGACUAGGGUAAAUUGAGGAAAUAGGGUGGUGUGGGGAAAAAUUAUAUUGUAGUAGACGAUUUUUGAGACAAAAUGAGUUUUGAGGCAGGGGAAGUACGGGUUUGAGCUGGAAAUUGGUUAUAUGGUAGAUCAAGCCACGAGAUUUGACCUCAAAAUGAAUUGAGAAGCAAGAAAGGACUGUAAAAUUAGUAAUCCCUGAUUUUAGAUGUGGAAAUGUAGCCGCCAUCCUGGAAUUCGACGACAAAUUGAACAAAGAAUUCACUAUCUUCGAAGCGGCCCCGCAAGAACACCGCGGCGCACCCGCUAAAAAACCCCAAUCCGAUUAUUUCUUAUAA